AUGCCAAACAACAACUUCUCCUCCUCCCAAGACACAGGCGUCACUGGCGCCGCGAAAUUCGUCACCUCCACCCUCGGAAAUACUGUCGGCGGAGUCUCUCGCACUGUUGGUGGAGUGACUGGUGCAGCCACUCGAGGAAUCGGUGACACCAUCACAAGUGCAACGGGAAGUGCAGGAAAGCCUGUGGGGGAUGCGUUGGGUAGUGUCGGGACGGGCGUUGAAGGUGGGGCGAACCGAGUUGCGAAGGGAGUCGAAGAUGCUGGACAAUGGCGGUAA